AUGGCGCGCCGAUCACGGGUGGCAUACAUUCAUGACCCAGAGGUCGGCCUGUUCUACUAUGGCCCCUCUCACCCCAUGAAGCCGCACAGGAUGCAGGUGGCCCACCAGCUCAUCCUCGGGUACGAGCUCCACCACAAGAUGAGUUGCUACAGGCCCCAUAAGGCGUCUCCUGCAGAGAUGAGGAAAUUCCACACGGAGGAAUACAUCGACUUCCUCCUCAAGAUCACACCAGACAACAUGCAUGAGAUGGCAGACAGGAUGAAGCAGCACAACGUGGGGUUCGUGGGGCAGUACGACUGUCCUGUCUUCGAUGGUAUCUUCCCCUUCUGCCAGAUCUUCACGGGAUCUUCGCUGGACGGGGCAGCGAAGCUCAUGGAUGGGAGCGCAGACAUUGCCAUCAACUGGUCAGGAGGGCUUCAUCAUGCGAAGAGCGACGAGGCCUCGGGCUUCUGCUACAUCAACGACAUCGUUCUGGCCAUCCUGGAGCUGCUCAAGUUCUUCCCUCGCGUCCUUUACAUCGAUAUCGAUGUGCAUCAUGGAGACGGAGUGGAGGAGGCGUUCAUCAACACAGACAGAGUUAUGACAGCCUCCUUCCACAAGUACGACGGCAACUUCUUCCCGCAGACUGGUGACGUCACAGACGUCGGGGAAGGGGCGGGGAAAUACUGCUCUGUGAACGUGCCGCUGCACGAUGGGAUAGAUGACAGCAGCUUCGAGCAGAUCUUCAAGCCCAUCAUCCGAGAGAUCAUUGGGACCUACGACCCCAAGGCCAUCGUCAUGCAGUGCGGAGCUGACAGCCUGGCAGGGGACAGGCUGGGAGUGUUCAACCUCUCGGUCCAUGCGCAUGGCGAGUGCGUGUCGUUCCUCAAAGGGUUCAACAUCCCGAUGCUGGUGGUGGGGGGAGGCGGAUACAUCAUCAGAAAUGUGGCAAGAUGCUGGGCAUGGGAGACGGCGAUCUUGACGGACUCGCAAGUCUCCAAUGACCUUCCGUGGAAUGAUUACUGGGCUUACUUCGCGCCCUCCUACCAGCUCCAUGCUGAUUUACGCGGGAAGGAUUGGACGUACUCGGAGAACCAAAACACGCGCGAGUACCUGGAGAACGUGAGGAAUACGGUGCUGAAGAAUCUGCGCUGCCUACAAGGAGCUCCUUCUGUGCAGAUGCAGCAGCUUCCCCCUGCCCUCUACGUCGACAUGGACAGUGAGGAUGAGGACGAGCUGACUGAUGACCAGAAGAGGGUGCGGGACCUCGAGCGGGCGAUAGGUGAGAUGGAGUUGGGAUGGCGAGAGAGGGUGGAGGUGGAAGAGUUAGCAAGGGAGGGAGGGAGGGAGGGAGGGAGUGGAGAUGAAACAUGGAUAGGCGAAUAA